AUGGCAACAAACACCUUUGAAGUUUAUAAAGAGAAAGGUAAUCGUUUUUUCAAAGAAGGCCAGUAUGAGAAUGCUAUUGAAUCAUAUGACAAAUGCAUUGAGCUGGAAUCUUGGAACCCAAUAGGCUACAGUAACAAAGCCAUGGCUUUAAUCAAGAUGGGAUCAUAUGAAAAAGCUGUGCAAGUAUGUUCUGCGGGGAAACAGAAAUUAAAUCCAUUGGAUACAAAACAUAUUGCAUUAAAGAAAAAAAUGGAUUACAGAUUGGAAAUGGCAAAUAGAUUAUUAAAGGAAAAUCAAAAGAACUUUACUACUAACCCGUUAAAUAAUAAAGUCGAAAAUCACAAUGUGAACAACACAGUGGAUCCUUACAAAAACAUAUCGAAAAAGGCUAAAUAUAUCAAUCUAGAUAUUGUACCUGUUGAUUCAUUACCACCUGAAUUUGUAAGUCUAUAG